GAGUCUGUUGCAGUCAUCAUUAUUCUUCCUUGCUAUUCUUAAGAGUGUUGGCUAAUCUGAUAAAUCAUUGAUCAGGAUUUACAAAUCUCAUUUCAUCACAUUACAACUAUACACCGUUCGUACCUUUAGUUUUCACAUCCCUCUCUUCGCACUCUAAUAUUUCCUUCCCUAUCACAUCUCCGUCAUGUCAACUCAAGUCAAGAUUUGUUCUAAUAUAAAACUUUCCGACUCUCCUGAGUCUUCUCAUGCUCUCGAUGCCAUCGAUACGGAAAUGACGUCUCCGCUAACAUCGAUCGAUAACGAUAGUGACCGUAGCUUUACCCCCGACAAGAUGGAUGCUUUUCAUUCAGCUCGCGAACGUGAGGAGCGUAUCCGUAGGAACGGUCAAACACCUAGCCACACGCCUACUCCACCUAUGGCUAUUAACAGCAUGAACAAUAACGGCAGCGCCUGGCGUCGCCAGUCUUUUUGCGACCCUGCCUACGCGGGCCCAGAAGGUUUCACUCCACUGACUGUGGUUUGCCCUGGCCCCGUUUAUCCUUUGCCUGAGCAAAUCAACUCCGCGUUUGCUUAUGGUCUUCGCCGAGCUGAUGGCUCUUAUACAAGACUUCUCCCGGCUGAUGAGCUUCCUGCUAUCAACGGUAUCCCUCGUCGCCAAGGUCCAGAGGGACUAAUCAUUGUUCCAGAGCUUCAGCACGGCUCCCCAAAACCAGAGCAUGCUACACCCAUGAUCCCAAACAAGGUACGUUUGGGGGUUUUUUGGAUUCAGAUUAUAUGCUGACAUUAGUUGUUUAAAGGUCGUUGCAAAGCUGCCAUCACUCGCUCCACCAAUGUUCGGACUCAACCAGCAAGGUGGUUUCCGUCGACCAGGUGAUCAAACACAGGUAAGAGGGUAGCUCUAUUUUAAAUGUAUCACCAAUCAAAGUAUAUACUAAUUUCAUUUUCAAGUUGGCCAUCGAUUCAAUCGUUGCCUCCGCCGUGGCCCCACCCAUGAGCGUACCUCCAGCAAACAAUGCGAUGAUCCCUAUGGCAGGUCGACCUGGCGUGAAGAUUUACUGUGAUAAGUGGGUUCACGAAGGCACCUGUGCUUUUACUCAAGUAGGAUGUAAAUUCAAGCACGAGAUGCCUAUGGAUAAAGCCACUCAACUCUUAGUUGGUUUAAACCAUGGACUGCCUAAUUGGUAUCGUAACCAACAAAACGCUUCUGCCUCUCCAAGAAGUGGCACUGGUCAAAUUGAGGCAGCUGGUACAACACCCACAAACGGGACAUCUCGUACGUCUCAAUCUUGGCGCCGUAAAGAAGCCACAUCUUUCUCUCUUCCGACCUCAGCUCAAGGUGGCGCAAAUGGUCGUGGUAUGUUUCUUUAGCAGCUUCUAUUUAUGAUUUAGCAGCAACUGAUUUGAUCACUACAGAUCGUCGUAGCUCAUUUGGUCCAAUUGGUCCUCCUCACACACGUCGCCUCACAAAUUCUUCCUCCGGUGAUUCAAUCAAUCGGACUCAUCUUUCCGUCCCAGAGAACGACGAAGAGAACGAUAACGACGUCAAGAUGCAGUGGAAUGGCCGUGCUCGUGGCUAUACAAACGGCCAGGAACAAGAUCGUCGUCAACAAUAAUUUGCUUUGCCAGAUACUGCGCUCCGGCGAUAUAGAUAUUUAUCUCACUAUCUUCUGCUCAAAGCUUUUACCUCUAUAUCUCAUCUCACUUUUCUGACAUCAGUUCUCCUGGCUAUGCCUCUUUUCUCACACAGUACGAUUUGGUUGAUCACCGUUUUUAAGUUAAGUCAAUAACUUCACCAUUUAGAUGAAGUGGCGAUUGGGAUGUAUGGCACUCGGGACAUAGGACAGAUGGGAUAAAAAAAAUUACUUGCUACUAUAUCUGGGAUUACAAUGUCUAUUUUUCUUUAUUCUUCAGUUUUUUUUUCUUUUGGCAAAGAGAGAGCUUCUUCUCUUCCAUCAACAAAAAAGCAUAGCUUGCUUGCAUAUUCGUUUCAACUCCAGCUAUUGCUUUUGCUUUCGCUUUUGCACAAACGACUUACGAAAAAAUUAUAUUGCCCAGGUGGUGUGUAAUCGAGAAAAUGAAGGAAUGGACAGAAGGGAUGAUGAACAAAAUGGAUGAUAUGAUUGAGACGAAUGAACGAAUGAAUGGAAGUUAUGAUGAACGAUUGGGAGGAAAACUUUGCGGGAGAAUAUUAAAGGUCUUAAAAGCGUUUAUAAAUCAAGGGAAUGAAUGAUGGAUGGAUAUGAAUGAUAUGAAUGGAUAAUUACUUUUUGGGCACGCAGCUAGCUAGCUUACUCGGCACGAGAUUCCUACUGGAUAGUAAUCAAAAUUUUUUUGCAAAUUGCGAAUGGCUUUGAGACUGGUGAGGGGUGGGAGUGCAUAUGUUGAUUUGUUGAUAUAUUGCUUGGCUUGGCGUGAGAGGUUUU